CUCCAGGCUCUACCCACCCAGAGGGCGGGUCCUCUAUCCAGGUUCAGGGGGAAGGGAUGCAGCCCCACGCACGGCUCCCAGCCCCGCAGAGGAGUUCCCAGAGGCUGGGGAAGACCAAACGGAGCCAGCUCCCACCUGGCUGUCUCUAAAGCCAGCAGCCUGAUAGCUGUCUGUGCCCUGGAAGCCAGCCUCAGGGGGCCCCUUUCUGCGGGACACUGGAGCUAUGACCCUUUGGAGGUGACCCAGAAGAAAAGGGAUGCAGGGCUUCGAUCCUCCCACUCAGCGUCCCUUCCAAGGACUAGUGGCCUCCCGCAUUGAGACUUAUGGGGGUCGCUAUCGGGCCUCUGCCCAGGGUACUGCCGGCAAUCUCUUUGCCCGAGGAAGCCCCGUGCUGGAUCCCAGUCGCCGACGCCUCCAGGGCUAUGCCCCCUUUGCCAAAGGUUGUGGCCCUGCCAGAGGCCUGUCUCCUCUGCGGUUGCGGGAACUGGAGCCCGAGAAAAGGCAUGGAGGCCAUUUUGGGGCCGGCCCACCUUACUCCCCUAAACUCAAGGAAGUCAUGAAGGCCCACGAGCUGGAGGUGAGGCUGCACACGUUCAGCAUGUUUGGGAUGCCCCGCCUGCCCCCUGAGGACCGGCGGCACUGGGAGAUAGGAGAGGCCAGCGACAGCGGCGAGGCCAUUGAGAAGUCCUGGAAGGAGCUGGUGCCUGGGCACAAGGACAUGAGCCGGGAGCUCUGCCACCAGCAGGAAGCGCUGUGGGAGCUACUGACCACGGAGCUCAUCUACGUGCGGAAGCUCAAGAUCAUGACGGAUCUCCUAGCCUCGGGUUUGCUGAACUUGCAGCGAGUGGGGCUGCUGACCGAGGUGUCAGUUGAGACCUUGUUUGGAAAUGUCCCCAGUCUGAUUCGAGCCCACCGGAGCUUUUGGGAAGAGGUGCUGGGGCCUUCCCUGGAGGAAAUGCGAGCCUCCGGCCAGCCUCUGGACCCCAUCAGCCUGCAAAAUGGCUUCCUGAUGUUCAGCCAGCGCUUCCAGCCCUACGUCCUGUACUGCCUGCGGGUGAAGCAGACCAUGGCUUACGCCCGGGAGCAGCAAGACAACAACCCUCUCUUCCACACCUUUGUGCAGUGGUGUGAGAAGCACAAGCGCUCUGGGAGGCAGAUGCUGGGGGACCUGCUCAUCAAGCCCCACCAGCGCAUCACCAAGUACCCACUGCUGCUCCAGGCUGUGCUCAAGAGGAGCCCCGAGGCCCGCGCCCGGGAGGCCCUGAACGCCAUGAUUGCAGCGGUGGAGUCCUUCCUCCGACACAUCAACAAGCAGGUGCGCCAGGGCGAGGAGCAGGAGAGCUUGGUGGCUGCAGCCGAGCGCAUCGGGCCCUACGAGGUGCUGGAGCCGUCCAGCGAGGAGGUGGAGAAGAACCUGCGUCCGUUCUCCACCCUGGACCUGACAUCCCCUGUGCUGGGGGUCGCUCCCGAGCACACCAGGCAGCUGCUGCUCGAGGGACCUGUGCGUGUGAAGGAGGGACGAGAAGGGAAGCUGGACGUGUACUUGUUCCUCUUCUCUGAUGUGCUCUUGGUGACCAAGCGCCAGCGCAGGGCAGACAAAGCCAAGGUGAUCCGCCCGCCCCUCAUGCUGGAGAAGCUCGUGUGCCAACCGCUCCGAGACCCUAGCAGCUUCCUGCUGAUCCACCUCACGGAAUUCCAGUGCGUCUCCAGCGCCCUCACCGUGCACUGUCCCAGCCCUGCAGACCGGGCCCGGUGGCUGGAGAAGACCCAGCAGGCUCAGACUUUAACGGGGCAUCUCUGGGCGCAGGCACAGGCUGAGUGCAGAGGAAUCAGAGGAGUAAAACACCGCUCUGCCCUCAGGGAACGUGCCCUGCAGCCUGGCCAGAGGAAUCAGUGCACAGACAGCAGAAGCGUCACCCUGCAGAAGCUGAAGGCAGAGGAAUACAUCCAACAGAAGAGGGAGCUCCUGGCCCUCUAUCGGGACGGGGAUAGGGAGUCCCCAGGAACCAGGCCCUCCACACCGUCCCCUCCUUCCCCACCUUCCCCGGAGGGCUCUCAAAGCAGCGUGGAGGAGAGGAUUCCCGAGGGCUCGACUGCCAUCCCCCACCUAGUGGUGACAGAAGACACAGAUGAAGAUGCUCCCUCAGUACCAGAUGACACAUCGGACUCUGGCUAUGGCACUCUGGUCCCAGGCUCUCCCAAGGCGUCCCACUCCCCGCUGAGCCGUCUCCGCUCAAGGGCCCUUCGGCGAGACCCUCGCCUCACCUUCUCCACUCUGGACCUCCGAGAUGUUCCUUUGCGACCCCAGCCUCCUGACCCCCAAGCUCCCCAACGCCGAAGCGCCCCUGAACUGCCAGGGCAAGUUAUCCAGAAAGGAGGCAGCCUUCCCAGAAGAGACCCACCAAGCUGGUCUGAGGAAGAAGACAGGACCUCGGCGGGAGGGAACGUGGUAGUGGAAACCUUGCACAGGGCCCGACUUCGUGGGCAGCUCCCCCACUCCCCGACCCACACUGACUCUGCUGGGGAAAGCCCCUGGGAAUCCUCCGGGGAUGAGGAAGAAGAGGGAUCUCUCUUCCUGGGACCCAGCUACAACCCCUCUCGCCACCGUCUCCGGGCUGAGGACAUGCUCAGAGAGAUCCGAGAGGAACUGGCCAGCCAACGGAUUGAGGGUGUCCCCGAGCCUGGCGACAGCAGGCCUCGGAAGCUGACUCGGGUCCAACUGCAGAGGAUGCGUGGGCCUCACAUCAUACACCUGGACACACCCCUGUCCACAUCAGAGGUGUGAGGACCACUAAAGACCCUCGGCAUUUCUCCCAGAGGAAAUCUCUCCCUAAGAGUGUUGGUCACCAUCUUCACCUCUGGACUCUACCUCAAGGACACUUCCCUGGGCACUCUGCCCUUCCUAUUCUGAGGACUUUGGGGAUCAAGAGCUGUACAUUUGUAUAUCAUAGACACACCACAGCCCCACAUAAAGUUGUGCAUAAAAAUGGCCGCCCAGCCCAUGCUACGUGAAGGUAGAGGAAAAAGAAGUGGGGGCAGGGGGUGGGGGGUCACAGAGUGAGCUCAGGCAACAAAUCAUGUCAGUGCCCUUCAUGGUGGCAGGGUAUCUCUCCCAUCAGGAUCUUGUACUCUGGACCCAUCCCUCACACCCACCACUCAGAAAGACCACUUCCUCCAAGAGGAGCGCUUUAACUGGAGAGUUUUAGUGUAUUUACAAAAGAACACAGCUCCCGGCAGGAGGCCGCAUGGUUCUGUGCCUCCCCUGUCUUGGGACAGUUCAUCUUACUCUGUGCUUGUUCAGGCAGGGGACAAAGGGUGCCAGGUUUCUAUUAGUGUACAUACUGGAUAAAAAGAUUGCUUAUCUACUGUGAAACAGGCUCAGGGACCAACAAGGGGCUGCCAAGCAGCCUUGCUGGGUUCUCCAAGUCCAAAGUGGGCAAUGAGGCAUGGCGCCCCUCUUCCCUGCAACCACGGCCUUGGGCUCCUGGCACACUCAGCCUUUCUCGCGAGGACACUCUCCCCCCACCCCAUAUUACACACACACACACAACUCAGCCUUUCUCGCGAGGACACUCCCCCCCAUUACACACACACACACAACUCAGCUUUCUUCACGAGGACACUCCCUCCCCAUAUUACACACACACACACACACACACACA